ACCAAGUGUUGUGUGUAUUUCCAGUUUUACAAGCAUUAAAGCGGCGGCAGAAACGCUUGUGAGUAUAACACUCUGCUAAGUUCAGCAUUGUAAAAUGCGCGCGCACGUUUUAAGCAGUCGAGCGGAGGCAACGACGCAUGCAAGCCGCAAGGAAUGCCCUCGCACACCCAGCUGGCGACGGACGCACGCAGCCCAUGUGUCCCAAUUUACCUCAUUGGUUUGCAAUUCAGACCCACGGGCGCGGACCAAGUGGUACGGUGUGUACACUGAGGAGCAGUACAACGCACAGCGCCAGAGCGAGGAGCGUGCCAAGUGGGCUGCGGGCGUCAGGUCCAUCACCGGCAACCGGGACCACACGGCCUGGGACGGCUCCCAGCUGGACCCGCCGGCGCUGCUCAGCGGCGUCACGGUGGUCAUCAUGAGCCCGCGCAAGCCCGUCACGGUGGGCACGGUGGCUCGGGCUCUGGGCAGCUUCGAGUGUGAGGACCUUCGCAUCGUGAUGCCGCGGCAGGAGUCGUACAUCACCCGCAGGCACGCCAAGAGCGCGAGCAAGGGGGCGCAGUACAUCCUCUACCGUGCGGGCCACUACGACUCUAUUGCUGAGGCCACGUCCGACUGCGACGUGCGUGUGGCCUUCACGCGGUGGGCACAAUCCAGCUCGCCGCACGUGUACAAGGUCGACAUCAACGGCCUCACCAGCCACCCCGCCAUCGCCAACGUCAUCACACAGCCGCUGCUGCGCUCACCGCCGCCGCCCCCGCCGCCCUCCUCUCCGUGGACGGCAGCCGCCGCGGCGGCGGCCGAGGCGGCGGAGGCUCGGCUGGGCGGCGGCAGUGCAUCUGCCGCCUCCAGUUCUGGGCCUGCUAGCGGGGAUGAGGAAGCCGAUGAGGAGGCGGGUUCGGCUGAGUCGCGGCCGGCGUCUUCUCCUGCGUCUUUGGAACGCACGGAAGCACACGCCAGCAGCAGCAGCAGCAGCAGCAGCAGCAGCACGGGUGGCGCGGCGCCGCGCAUGCCCAGGAUAGCGCUGGUGUUUGGUCGCGAGGAGCUCGGCAUGAGUGACGAGGAGGUGGACAGCUGCGAGGUGUGCUGCUCCGUGCCCAUUGGGCGACUGCAGGAGUCGCUGUCGCUGUCGCACGCGGUCUCCAUCGCCCUGUGCAACCUGUACCAGGCCCGGCUGCAGCACCUCACCAGCAGCGCCACCGCCAGCAGCAGCGGCGGCGGCGGCCCCGGCAGGGACAGCCUCGGCGAGGGCGGUGGCGGCGGCUUCAGCGGCUCCUACCUCAUAGAUCCCAGCACAGGGGCGCUCCGGGUGGCGCCGUCGUCGGCAUGAGGCAUGGGGGCCCGGGGGCCUGGGGAGUGGGGAGUGGGGAGCAGGUCAACCCGUGGAGGUAGGGCGUGGCUUUUGGAGGUGGGGUGGGUGGCCGUUCAUGUGGAGGACGGAGUGACUAAAUCACAAGUAUGAAAUGGGGGUGGCCGACGGAGGAGGGUGGCGCAUCGAAGGCGCAGUGUCGCGAGCGCGUGUGAGCACGGGGGUGAUUGUCGGCUGACUCUGGGCCUGCAGGGGAGCUGUCGAGAAGCACAGAGCAACUUCGGCCGUGUAAAAGGGAAGUCAC